CUACACUACUACCGUCGACAUCUAACUACUACAGUACUAUGGGGCAAUUCACGACUUCGACAGCGUGAGAGCGCGGGCAAGGAAGAGAAUGUGGUGGAGCAGCGGGCCAGCCGCAAAGCAACGCGGACCAGAGCAGCAGACGGACCCAGCGCUUCUAAGGUAGAUAUUUCUCCACGCUGGGUGACAUGUAAGAGGUGUCGUAUCAAUACUACUUGCCGCUUUACUCAGGAUACUCUUGCCGUUCUGUCUGCUGGCCGCCGCCCUCCACGACACACACACACACCCGCGCUCAAGUCCCUUGCUCGACGUCACCGUCUCGCAUAUUUCUUGCAGCAUCGUGAUUCCUGCUGCCGGCGAUGAAGCGCGGCGAUGUUCUAAAAGAAUUUCCGUGUCCUCUCCGUGGACUCUGACGAGUGCACCUGUUCUUAGAACAUGAUGUGCUAGCUCAACCACAUGGAAGCUUACCUAGGGCCCAGAGGUCGUAGUUCAGUAAACCCCCAAGUUCCUGGGUC